GGAACAUCGAGUGUCCACGCGGCAGCCAGCAAUGGCAUACAAUGCCAAUCUGUUUCCGUCAUUGUAAACAACCGUAUAUGACAUCAUCUUAUUCUUGCUGGCAAUCAUCAGAACGGUACGGUUUUGCCUUGACAACAGACAAGGAUGUGGUCUCUACCGACUAACUCGUAGCAGCUCCAAAUUGAAGAAAUCCAAAGAACGAGAGAAACGGAGAUCCCAAGUGAAUAAUGAAUCCAGUUCCAGUGACAAAGGGUCUCCUUCAAAGGAGUUUAAACAGUCUGUAGGGAUUAAUUCCGAUCCCAUCCACAUAUAUAAUGAACAGAAUUCCAAUGAACACCUGUCAGAAGAAGUGUGUAAUACUCUCAGUGAAGACAUCAAUUGUAGGCUCAGAUAUAUAAUACAUGAUUCUUUAGUCAAAGCAAGGCUACUGGGCAGAGAUGUAGUUAAAUAUAAGGACAUUGAGGAGACUUUUGAAAAUCUAUCCAUAAGCAAAGUAUAUGGAGCAACAGCAACCCCAAACUGGCGAAUUUUUGAUAAACAAAAUCUGUUAUUUUUGGAUGACCAGCAGAUGAAUCUAUCGAAGAUUAUCGAAACAGAUAGUGUAUAUGGGCAGUAUUGUAAGAUAAACAUCAACAAGGGGUGGUAUCCUCAAGAACCAAGCCAAUUCCUGACGAAAUAUUUUCAGACUGCAUGUGAUGCUCUACUAAGCAAUAAUGGAAAGCUUUGGAAGCUUACUUUGAGAGAUAUAAGCGAAAACCCCAGAGUUGGGCCUAUAACAGACUGGUUCUAUCGUUUUGGGUACUUUAUGUUAAUGAAAGAUAGCAUACCCUUUGUAACUUUGAGAGCACUAUAUCUGAUAGAAACUCUAGAAAAUAGUCCCUUGAGUAGUAGCCAAGUAUCAUUGAAGCAACUUAAUUUGCUACUCAGACUGAUCCUACAGAGACUAGCCUCAUCAACAAACAAAGCUGUGCUAAAACCACUUUGUUCUGUACUAGCUACAUUAUGUUUGCGAGAACCGCUAAGGAAAAUGGCUAUAAACAAAAUCAUUCAGAAGCUAGACAAAUUGUAUGAGCACACACUCUCGUUGCUGACUUUAAUCUACUUCUUAGGCGUUGAAGCUGCACAAAGCAUAUUUCUACCGAAUUUGGACAGAUUUUUAGAAAAUAUUAGAGGAUGUGAUGAUCCAGAUAUCAUAUAUAUCACCAAGGGCAUAUAUGGACAAAUAUGUAGAGCCAAUCUAAAUGAUACGCAUAUUCAAACUCGUUUCGUUUAUUCAAUCUCAAAAGGACUAUCUCUGGGAGAUGAAAUAAUGGUACUGUGGAAACCAUUCCGUCGAAAAGGUGUUGUUGAAACCAAAGACGAAAUAAACUUUGUUCCAAUGAAAACGCAACUGAUAAAAACGAGGAGAAAGGUAGAUGUUGAAAUACGAAGAGGCGUACUAAAACCACGUUUGGAGGAUGUCUUUGAGAUACCUUUAAAGAACUGUAAAGUAAAAAAAGCAGUAGAAGAUCACCGGAAAGGUUUGAAAUCUCAUAAAAAAGAAACUCGUGUCAUCGUUGGUAAAACCACUUUAUUGUUCUCUGUACUCAAGUCUAAUGAUAGAAAAAUGAAAAAUGGCUGCUGUGAUCAUUCAUUGUUAGGGUACAAUUUGUAAUAUAAAUUAUUUAUCAGAGA